AGCCUGAAACACAAGCAUGCUGUCCCAGUGCUGCCCCAGUGACUCUGCGAAACACUCGUGUCCGGCUUCAGAGAGUAACACCAGCUUUAGAAGUGUUUAGACUGUUUUUCUGAACCAAUAUGUGAUUUGUGUUUGAGUUUGGCCUGCAGAUAAACACUGGACCCCUAGGUGUUGUUUGGCCUGAAACCUGUUGCGAUUUGUAGGCCAUUAGGAUCAAACAGCAUCAUCAAAAUGGUCCGUAAUGUGGAUGACCUGGACUUCUGCCUGUCCUCCCACCCUCAGAGCAUUCUGGAGGGUCUGCGCUCCCUCUGCUCCCACCCCAAACUGGUGGACAUCACCCUGAGUGCUGGUGGACGGGACUUCCCAUGUCACCGCGGAAUCCUAGCGCUCUGUAGCCUCUACUUCCGCUCCAUGUUCUCAGGGGACUUCGUGGAGAGCAUAGCAGCCCGAGUGGAGCUUCGGGAUGUGGAUCCAGAAGUUCUGGCUACUCUUCUGGACUUUGCCUACACUGGAAAGCUCACCAUCAAUCAGGGGAACGUGGAGGCCCUCAUCUGCACCUCCAGUCAACUCCAGUUCCACACGGUCCGAGCCGUCUGCAGCCGCUACCUCCAGCACCAGAUGGACGCCACCAACUGCCUGGGCAUUCAGGAGUUCGGAGAGAUCCACGGCUGCCCCGAGGUGGUGGCCAAAGCCAAGGCCUUCCUGCUGGAGAACUUUGAGGCUGUUCAGCAGCACGAGGAGUUCCUGCUCCUGGAGAAGGAGAAGCUGGUGGCCUGCUUGAAGGAUGAUGACCUGCAGACUCGAGACGACUGCGCUCGGGCUCAGGCGGCUCUCGCGUGGGUCAGACACUGCAGGGACAGCCGGAUCUGCCACCUACCGGAGUUACUGAAGCUGGCGAGACUCGCGUUUCUAACUGAGGCUUACCUGAGAGAGACCCUGAUGAACGAUCCACUGGUCCAGGAUUCCAUCGACUGUAGAGAACUAGUGGAGGGAAUCUGCAGAGAGAAAAUGAAUAAUCAUGUAGGCGAGUCAGAGCAGAGUCUGCUCCAGAACACUCCUCAUAACCUGCAGGAGGUGCUGUUCGUGAUGGGUGGCCGGUCACUCGAUGAUUCUGAUGAUGAAGAUGAGGAGGAUGAUGAUGAGCGGGGAAUCAGGAUUCACCCCAGGAACUGUGGAUACUACAACCCCAAGCUUCAGCAGUGGUAUCAGCUGCCAGAUUUUCCAAACUACAAUAAAUGGGGUUAUUCUGUCGUCCCUCUAAACAACGAUGUGUACAUCACAGGCGGUUCUCGAGGCUCCCAGUCCAACACCUGGUCGACCACAGAAACCUGGAAGUAUAUCACUCGUGAAGGGAGGUGGGUUACGGUAGCUCCGAUGCUGCGGCCCAGGACUAACCACUCCUCCGCAGGUCUGAACGGAGAGAUUUACGUCAUCGGAGGUACGACCAUGGACAUAGUAGAAGUGGAGCAUUAUGAUCCAUACAGCGAUAGCUGGGCACUGACGGCUCCGGCGCUGAAAUACGUGACCAACUUCACAGCCACGGCCUGCCUGGGAAAGCUAUACGUCAUCGGCUCCUGCGCCGUCAAAUACAACGCCCUGACCCUGCAGUGCUACAACCCUGUUAUAGAUGGCUGGAGUAUCAUCUGCUCUCCGUUCAUCCCAAAGUACCUGUCCUCUCCUCGGUCUGUCUCUAUGGAUGGAGUUAUUUAUCUGAUAGCAGAUAACACCAAGAAAGUCUACCUGUAUGACCCUGAUGCCAACAUAUGGCAGAAAAUCCAGUUCCUGCACAAGCUGCAUGAGAACGGUGGGCUGGUGGUACUGGGACGGCAACUGUAUGUGACUGGGGGGCACUGGAAGGGAAUGGAGGGGGAUUACAGUGUGGAGGUGGAGGUGUAUAACCGAGCGUCUAACCUGUGGAGGGUGGAGUCCUUCCUGCCCAGGCUGUGGUACUACAGCGGCUGCUGCUCCAUCUUCCUUGACCCGGCCCAGUGGCAGGACUUAUUUCCAGAGGAGACGUAAUGAAGCAGGAAGUACAUCAUUACAGGAGUUACAUCAUUAAUAUUAUUAAUAUUAUACAUUUUUAAAACAGAAAAUGUACCUGAUCACACAUACAGGAGCAGAAGUGAAAUCAGAGGAUUUAUAAAAUACAAUACCACUUUAAAAUAAGGCUCCCUUAUAAAGGGCAUAUGAAUUAUUUAUGCAGGAGUAAAUUAAUGGUUAUAAGUUAGGUUGUAUAUACUCUACAUAAUUAUUAAUAAGCAGUAUAAAGAGUUACAACACAUAAAUAAUCAUACUAUGUCUUUUCCAUUAGUCAGCAUUAACAUACCUAAUAAAUUAAUACAAAAAGUCAGUUUAGUAAUUUUCUAUGUUAGUAUACACCACAUUAAGAUUACUGGAUUAAUAAGAAUUCUGUGUAGUUAAUUAAAUAAAGUUAAUAUUACAUAUAUUAAUGCUGACUGAUGGAAACGACAAAGUAAGAUCUAGAAAAGCAUCUAGAAAGAUCUGAGGUUUAUCAGUAUAGUGUAAAUGAAUGUGGAAUCACUAUUUGGAAAAAGACAGCUCACUGUUACCCUUUAUAUUUAUGUGUUGUAACUGCCUAUUAAUUGGUUACUUUUUAAAGUAUUUACAUCUUAGUUAAUAACUAUUAAUAAACUGCUUUAUAAACCAUUUUAAUCCUUUAUAAAGAAGAUUAUUUUAAACUGAUACCUAAAAUUAAAAUGAAAAAUAUUAAAUUUUAUGACAAAAUAUAUUAUACAUUUUAAAUAAGAUAUUAUAUUUUUCUGUGAAUAUAAUAUAAUAUAAUAUAAUAUAAUAUCAUAUCAUAUCAUAUAAUAUAAUUCUACUUCUUGUACGUUAAAACUUCCAGUUUAUGUGUACAUAUAAUUAAAAAAAAUUAAAUGCCUCUUUUUUCAGGUACCAGACAAACAUAGGGUGAAUUAUGGGUAAUUUGGGCAAAAGGUAAUAGGAGACAUUUUAACUUUAUAAAAGGUUUAUUGUCUUGCGGUAAAGUAAAGGCAAAUCUUCAAUAUUAUAUAAGUGGAUCAUUUAUUAAUGGAAAGUAAUCUUAGAAUCUGUCUCAAUCAACCAUAAUUCACUUUAUUUGAAUUGCUAAUGGACGUUAAUGGAUUUUUUAAAGAAAAUAAAACAUUUUCUGUGAAUAUAAUGGCACAGAAGAUUAAACUUCCUUUAAAAAAAUACAAUUUAAAAUUACAAUUUUUACUGUAUACAAAUUAUUUUUAAAAUCUACUUUUUUUUAGGCACAGAUAAACAGAGAUCUUGGUUGUAUGUGUGUGUUUAAAGCCCUUUAGUGUGACUACACCAUGGUAACAGGGCAACAUUUUUAUUAUUUUCACUGUAUAUAUAUAUUUGUUUCCCUUGUGCUGUAUGAAUAUACUGUUUGAUAUGAUGUGAAGAUUAGUGCUUGUUUUUUUUUCUCUCAACAAAAUAAUAUUGUUGUCUUCUGUCAUUAUUAUUAUUCAAUAAACAACUUUUCAACAUC